AUGUUUAAAUUUAUAUUAGCGAUAUUAAUUGGUAUUGCUAGUGCAAUCGUCUUGGAUCUCAACAAAGAUAGCUUCUAUAGUGUUGUAAAUGGCGAUGCUGACGUUUUGGUAGAAUUUUACGCACCUUGGUGUGGACAUUGUAAAAACUUCGAGAGUACUUACAAUUCAAUUGAUGAAGCGUUCGAUUAUACAAACAAGCUCAAGAUAGCCAAAAUAGACGGUGAUGAGAACAAGAAAUUCAUUAAACAAUUCAACGUGCAGGGAUUCCCAACAAUUAAACUAUUCAAGAAAGAUGGUGAAAUUGUAGAUUACAAGGAUAGAAGAGAUUUCGACAAUAUAAUCAAUUUCAUAAAUCAACAAGUUGGUAUUAAGCCAAUGGUUGAAGAAUCAAAUGUUAUUGAAUUAGAUGGCGGAAAUUAUCAGAGUCUGACUGAUGGCAAGACCACUUUGAUUGAGUUCUAUGUUCCUUGGUGCAAGCAUUGUAAGGCUGUCGAACCAAUCUAUACCGAGCUGUCAAAAAUAUUCAAGUAUGAAGAUAACUGUCAAAUCGCAAAACUGAACGUUGAUAAUAAAGAUAACAAAGAGAUAGUAGAUCAAUUCAACGUUAGUGGAUACCCAACGUUUAAUUUAGUUAAGAAUGAAGAGAAACAUAUCUACAACAAAGCUAGAACAUUGGAUCAUUUCCUCAAAUUCCUCAACGAGCAUUGUAAGACAGACAGAGAUCUCAAUGGAGAGUUAGGAGAUAAGGCAGGUGUUAAUCACGAAUACAACGCCAUAAUUGUUAGAUUCUUACGCUCGAAUAACCAACAAAGACUCGAGAUAAUUGAAACACUGAAUGAGAUCUCAGAUAAGGUUUAUUUGAGAGUAAUGUCGAAGAUAAUAUCCGAUGGAGUAGACUAUCUCAGUGCUGAGUCUAAUCGCUUAAAUAAUCUCCUAGCCACAAAUUUGAGACAAGAGCAAAAAGAUAAAUUUAAAAUCAAAUCAAAUAUUUUGACGCACUUCGGUACCUUGCUUGCUGCCGACCAUCAUCAACAUUCUGAACUUUAA